CUCUCCUCAUUUCAAGCAAAAAAUAUGGUUUGGUCUCAGAAAUAUCUCUCCUCAAUGCUCUUCUGCUUCCUCUCUCUAUUCUCUCGUCCUUGUCUCUCCUCCACAUUUCUUGUCGACGGUGUCUCCGUCUGGAAAACUCCCGUUGUUCAUGUCGGCGACUCCGUUAUUUUCAGACACAAGUACGGAUACGAUCUCUACAUCUUCAGGACUAAAGAUGCAUUCAACGUCUGUGACUUUACUCAAGCCACUCUUCUUACAAAACCUAACUCCACUUCCUUCACGUGGUACCCAUCAAGAACAGGCUCCUACUACUUUUCCUUCACAAACAACACAUCUAUUCCCAAAACCUGCCAACUCAACCAGAAGCUCUCAGUCCAAGUCAUCCUCUCCGCCGCCGCCUCUCCGCCGUCACAACCACCAACACCGGCAAUCGCCCCUGUUCCGGUCUCGGAAGGAGGAGUGAUCUCAUCUUCUCCAUCUUACCCAUGGCCAUUAGGUCCUAGAGAAGGUUCAGCUUUCUCUCCGGGACCAUCUCCGUCGGAGAUCACGUCGGUGUCAGUCCCCGGAAAAGACGGAGUUCCGUUCAUAAACAGUAAUCCGGCGGUUCCACUUCCCACCGGAGAAGUCGACUCUACUUCCAUUAACCCUUUACCUACUUCCACAAAUUCAGCACAUCAGGUGAUGAUGACAAUAACGGUGAAGCUAGUUUUGUGUUGUGUAGCCAUGUUUCAUCUACUGUAG